AUGGAGUUUAUUGCAAAUAUCAGAAAGCUUCCCACAUAUACAGAAGCAGAAAGUGAGAGACACUUCAAAAAAUUCAAAUCAAGCCCUGGGCUUGAAAACCUUGAACAUACAAAGACGCCAGCUUUGUUUGAUGACGGAAAAGCAAAUGUUAAUUCCAUCCUGGCUAAUGAUCAGAAACAUAUUACUAGCAGCUUGGAUGACAUUGAUAAUGAUCUCUUGAGAGUCCACAAGGCUGCUCGAAGAAUAUAUAAAUGGAGCUCUUCUCAGUCAGUUUAUGAUCACGGGAAUGAAAUACUAGAGAACACCAAAAGGUAUAUUCCUUCGUUAUUGGAAAAAUCGUAUAGAGAUUUCAAUUAUGAUGGAAAAGAACUUCUGACUAUUUUCCCCAUUUGCAAGUUUUAUCAGGAAGUGUGGAAUCAUUUUAAGUUUGCGGAAAGUGCCUUGUAUCCAAUCUGUCAUGGGCUGAAUAGAUCUGUACAUAAUAGGGUAAAGGUCUCCAAGCCUAACAAUAUAAUCGCUCUUAACUCAAUCAGCUACCCAGUCACGGAAAUACAAAUUUUGGUUUGUCAAAUUUUUAUCGACAAGUUCGUUCACGCAAAUGGUGAUAAACUAUACGGAAUGCAAGAAUUUGAUGGGGCGUUGGAUGCAUCGGUUUCAAGAUUAUGCAAAAGCCUGAAAGCUUUGCUACUGAAAGAAUUAAGUACAAAAGAUGCGUUGAAGGAAUCAAAUAAAGUUGUUCAGUUUUAUUUAUUUCUUAAUAUGCUUGAAAGAAAUAACAAUAAUCAGGAAGUUCUUUUACCAAUUUUUCAAAAAAGCUAUUUUCACACAUUGAAGACGAUUAAGCGUUUGAUAUACACAGACGUAUACUACGAUACUAUAUUUGAGAAACUUGAAUACAUUAAAAAUUUUGAGCAUUCUUUCACGACCACGCUUUCAUUGGCACUUAAUGACCCAUUAUUAACAGUAUUCAAUGGUGACGAGUUUAAAAUCUUGUUUGCGCAGGAUAGAGAAUUCCUCAGUUCAACGAUAAGUACUUUAUUUCUCAAGUUUUUCAACAAUCUUGAUAAUGAAAAGGUUAGAAAUCAGUUAGGAGCAGUGAAGAAAUUUUAUGAGGCUCAUGGGUUUGAUGAAACCGACUGGACGAUUGGUGCAUUAAAAUUUGUUUCCGGGCUUUAUCAAUCAUUAGAAAUCGUCAAUGAGGACAAAUUAAAGGAAAUGGUAAAACUUUUUACGUCAUUGACGGAAAUAGCGAGUAGAAUUGACAUGUUUUCAAGAAUAUCGUCUUUUGCUUAUGUCAAAGACCUUUUUCAAGAAGAACUCAAAACUUAUUGGAGCAAGUUCAAACGAGAUUUCGCCGGACAUUAUGCAUUUUGCUUAGAUUACAAGCUAAAACUGGUUUCGAAAAGUAAAGAUAGAAAUAAGUUAGAAAACGAGCUAGAGAAAAUGCAAGUUGGACUCAAGACAAUUCUUGGCCUUAUGAAUACAAAUAGUAAGGUCAAAUUCAAGAGAAUGUACGUAACACAGUUUGUACAAAGAAUGCUAGGUUCACUAUUGAAUGCCGAUUUUACACUUUAUACCAAUAUUAGUGAUUGUGAACUUGAAAUGUGCACGGUAUUGGACGAUGUUUGUAAAGGAUAUCAUUACGGUGAGCCAAUGCUGGAAGCAUAUCAACUGGUCCAGGAAUCGUAUAAGAGGUACAAAGAAUUUGGAAAAUAUCUAUCUGAAAAUGAUUUAAACCAUUCGGGAAUUGAUGAAAUUGACAUGGUGGGGCUACCUGAGGUGUUGAAUUUGUCAACGCCAUUCACAGAGAUACAGUUUAACAACAUGGUCCUACCUCUAGAAAUGGGUCAAAUGAUGAAAGAGUUCAAGAGGUUUUAUAAGAACGAGUUGAGGCGUUCGAGAAGGUAUUCAGAGGGGAAGCUAAUUAUCCAACCCAACUAUCAUUAUUCAAGAAUGACAAUUGACUAUACACCUCCGAACGGAAUUGUAUGCCACAUAAACUGCAAUAUGUACCAAGGCAUGAUAUUGACUCUUUUUGACGAUGAUGGCUCAGAGAAUGGCCUGGUUGAUACAGACAUUGCCACCAAACUUAAUAUACCCAUCGAUAUUGUGCUGAGAUGUCUCAAUGCUCUUGGAAGUACCAAGUUUCCCAUACUUGUGAAAUCAGGGGAUCACAAUUGGAAAAUCAAUAUAGACCUAGAGAUACCUCAAAAAGUUAUAAACUCAGGCAACACGGUCACAAUAACAGAGAAAAAGAAGGCGAGUUAG